AUGUUCACUGAACCAGCGCGCCGCCAAGGCCUGGACCAUAUCGAUGGCCUCGAAGGUCGGCGGCGAGCCAUCUCAUGCACUUUGGCGGCGUGUGGCACGGUUAGGGUAGCUAUGAAGCGUCAACAACUGCUCCAGGGUGUUUGGAGUUUAAGGCCAAGACGACUCUUCAUAAGCACAGCGAUGACACGCUGCCCCGCCCCAAGACCACCCCUUAGCGAGAGCGGUGCUGAGCUGUGGCAGAUAGCUGAGCACUGGGCCUCAUGGCUUUCCGCGCCGUGGUCCUAUUCGCCGCGUGGUCAAUUAAAGGUCCGUUGGCCGCGCCUUUGGCAUCAUGCCAAUGCUCAAUUGCCCUUGAUGAAACUCGCACUCGUCGAAAGACAACCUGGGCUCGGCAGUAUCCUCGCCUGGAUUUGGAACGGACUACGGUUUGCGUUUCUGAUGUGGAUUGGCGUCACCAGUCUCGUGCCCGCCUCGUUCCAGGGCCCCCCAAUCGUCUCACCAGCUCCCCCUGCUGCCUCAACCCCGCGUGGUCGUCCGUAUUCCAGUACUUGGCCGCGGCAUCGCGACGGGUCGAACGGUCUACGCCUCCGUGCUUGGGAGCAUGGGCAAGGGCGACAGCAAGGUCUUGGCGACCGAGUCGCACAUCGCUGUGCAUCACAGCCCCAGAAACGCUCCUCGAGGGCGACGCGGCCCCCGGCUAACGAGUCGUGGGCGCACGCAACGACAGUGUCCACAACGACGAGCCCUCUGUCACAUAAUGCAUCGCCUGGCGUUGGCAGAUGA